UAACGUGCUAUGUCUCCUUGUCAAAUCGAAUAAACCAGUCGCACUGGAAGUGUCAGCGAGGGAAAAUCGAGUAAAAAAACUUCCGUUUCUUCCUGUAAAUAAGCCUCAAUAUCCACUAAAGAUGCUCAUGGACACCAGCGAUAUGAUCUGUGACACAUAUCCGGGUGAGAUGAUUGGUCGGGAGUACAUGGAGAACCUGUAUGGAGAGGACAUGGACAGAGUACUCCACUCUGUGGUGAAAUUGAAGAAUGCAGUUAUUGGAAACAACAAGCAGAAGUUCCACAUGAUGUCACUAGGAGUAGUUGGCAGACUUCUGGAGUUCAUACAGAAUGAAAGAGCAGCAGUUGGUUUGCGGACAGAGUCAGCUAUAGUACUGGGCAGUCUGGCUAAAGGAUCACAGGCAAACGUGAAGAGACUUGUGGACAGUGGAGUGGUGCCCAUUCUACUGCAAUGUUUGAAUAACUCCAACCUGAAGUUUGUGGAGGGCUGUCUGAGAUGUUUGAGGUCCAUUUUCACCAGUCAGGCUGCUCCUGUGGAGCUGCUGUACACUGACCCAGGAGUUGUACCCCACAUGUUGGACAUAGUGUCCCAGUCCCCAACAACACAGGAGUGCAUCUGCAGUAUCCUAGCCCAGUGUUGUAAGACCUCUGAACACCAAGGCCUUUUGUACAGCAAUGGAGUUAUUGAGUCACUGGCACCUCUCCUCGCAUCAAAGAUGUACAAGGUGCAGAUGCCAGCUCUGCGCGUGUUUUGCGUCAUCACCUACACGAACCAGAUUGUGUCGUCCGCCGUGGCGUCUGCUACUGUGUCGGAGCGUCCCCUACCAGACCUGCUGGUGGAGCUGUGCCUACGUGACAAGAGCGUGGAGAUGCAAAUGAGCUCGGCAAAAUGUCUGACGUACAUGUGCCGUGCCAACGCUCUGUCUAGCCAGGACUCCAAAAUUGUUUACAAGGCCCUCCCCACACUGAUCCGCAUGUGUAAGAAGGACCGAAGGCUGGAGGAGAGAGUGGAGGGUGCGGAGACCCUGGCAUACCUGAUCGAGGUGGAUCUGGAGCUGCAGCGGAUCGCCAGCUACUCUGAUCACCUGAUCCCAACACUGUCCGAGUUCCUGAGAUAUCCCUCCACACAAACCACUGUCAUGGAUCUCAAACGGUUGGACUAUGACAUGAAGCACUCCUAUGAGCUCAGGGCUGCAGCACUGAUGGCAUUCGCCUCCCUGGGAGCCAACGAUGAAGAUAUCAGGAAGAAGAUUAUCGAGACAGAAAACCUGAUGGACCAUGUUGUGUGUGGACUGUCAGACCCUGUAAUUAGAGUCAGACUGGCAGCAGUCAGAUGUCUCCACAGCCUAUCCAGAUCAGUUCAGCAGCUGAGAACAAGUUUCCAGGACCACGCUGUGUGGAAACCACUCAUGAAGCUGUUACAGAAUGCAGAUGAUGACAUGUUGACUGUGGCCUCAUCAACUCUGUGCAACCUUCUGUUGGAGUUUUCUCCCAGCAAAGAGCCUAUGCUGGAAUCCGGAGCUGUGGAUCUUCUGUGUGAUCUGACAAAGAGAGAUGAUCCAGCUCUGCGACUGAACGGGAUCUGGGCUCUCAUGAACAUGGCAUUUCAAGUGGAAACCAAGAACAUGGCCUUCCAGGCUGAACAGAAAGUGAAGAGUCAGAUCCUGGUGGCUUUAGGGACCGAUCAGCUGUUCAAACUGCUGUCUGAUCCGGACGUGAACGUUCUGAUGAAAACUCUCGGACUCCUGAGGAACCUACUGUCCAACAAACCUCACAUUGACCACAUCAUGGGUAUGCAUGGCCAACAGAUCAUGCAGGCAAUUGUACUGAUACUGGAGGGAGAACACACCAUAGAAGUCAAGGAACAGACUCUGUGUAUCUUAGCCAACAUCUCAGACGGCACUACGGCCAAGGAUUUCAUCAUGGCGAAUGAUGACGUUUUGAAGAAAAUCACCAACUACAUGAUUCACGCCAACGUGCGACUUCAGAUCGCCGCAACCUUCUGUAUCUCCAACCUGGUCUGGAAUGAGGAAGAGGGUGCCUUGGAGCGACAGAUGAAGCUACGAGACAUGGGGGUACAGAAACUGUUACAACAGCUGCUGAGUUCCAGCGAUACUGUACUGUUCGACAAAGUGAAGACCGCACUGCAACAGUUCACUUGAAUCUGCUGAAGUCUACAUUGAACUUGCCAAUUUGAGAUCUUAAAGGCCUACCAUGGCCAUAUACUGAAUUUACUAUGUAUGUUUUAGUGCUCCAAAAGCCCGAGUAUCUACCAUGCUGUUGAACCACAUGUAUAACUCUAACUGUAUAGCAUAUAGGCUUUGAAAAUGCUGUCAUUCUUUGUACAGUGUAUGUUUCUCGCAUUAUGGAAAUAAAAGUCUGUCAAAAGCUUUGUUAAA